GCCAUACUAGCGAGGGAAAUUGAGUUGUUUGAGUGUGAAGAAAGCAACAAAGUACCUCAAGUUAGGGUGCGAUAUCAUUUUGUGUUAACUGUAAUUUUUCGGCAUUAGUACGUAUGGAGGCUUUUUUUCACCUGGUCAAAGUCUGUAACAUUAGCUGCUAAACUGUUGUCGCUUUCACAUGUUUGUUUCUAGUCUUGCAUAUAAUAAGCCAGCUAACGUUAGCCGACUAGCCAAGCGUGGCUAACUUUCAACAAGUUUGGCCACACUUUAAGAAAACGUUGACCGCUGAAAUUUAACUCGAAGAAGCUGUUUAAGUUUCCGUUUUGUCCGUAACUAAAAGAGACGAGUGAAGUGUUUUGAAGUGGGAAUGUCAUCGCCACCGUUUGUUCGCAGGAGUCAUGAAGGGACAGCGAACGCAUCAGACACCGACUCAGAGGACGAGCCCAAGCUCCCUCUUAAUCAGUUCUAUCCAUACAUCCGCUGUGCCCUUUGCUGUGGUUUCCUCAUAGAUGCCACCACCAUCACUGAGUGCCUGCACACAUUUUGCAAAAGCUGCAUCGUGAAGCACUUCUUCUGCAGCAACAGGUGUCCCACAUGCAGCAUUGUGGUCCAUCAGACACAACCUCUUUACAACAUCAGGCCCGACAGACAACUUCAGGACAUAGUUUAUAAAAUGGUUCCCUUCUUGGAAGAGCUUGAACGAGCACAAAUGUGUAACUUUUACAAAGAGAGAGGACUAGAUGUGCCAAAACCAGCGGUCAUCUCCCCUCCAGGUCCUGUUGUGUUGAAGAGGCAGAAGAAGGACAACAUUCCUCAGUCUGUGUUCACCAUCCCUCCAGAGCUGGAUGUGUCUCUGCUCCUGGAAUUUGUUGGGGCUGAAGAGGGCGUCUGCAACUACAAGCCACUGGAGAGGCGGUACGUCCGUGUGUCAGGUGAGGCCACCAUUCGCCACGUGGAGCUGUUCAUCAGGAGGAAGAUGGAGCUGAGCCCAACCUGCCAGGUAGAUGUGGUUUGUGGAGAUCACCUCCUAGAUCACUACCAGUCACUCAAAGAAAUACAGAACUCUGUUGGCGAAGAUGCACUACAGGAUGGUCUAUUGGUGCUACACUUUGGCUUGGUGCUGCCCUCCCAGUCUUAAAUAUGAGAGGUGGAUUUAGCCAUGUUCUGAGCUGCUGAACUGACAUUUUGGACGUUAUCUUUAUCAGACUUCAUCAGUUAGAAAUUAAUAAAUUGUUGCUAACUGGUUACAAAACAGAUAAACCUUCAAACAUGAAUGUAGCCACAUUUGGCAGCUGGCAGUUUUUUUUUUUUUUUUUUAAAGUGUUUCUUUCUUUAUU